CGUUGUUGAUAUUGUUGUAACUCGAUGCAAACCUAAACAAGGUUUGCAUAGACGGAACCGCGCUCGUUCGCACUAUAUAAGCUCAAUUCGGGCUCAGUCCGCUCAUUCAGACCAGUUCUUUCCUAUCCGUUAGUAAGCUGAAGUACUAUAGAAGAAGUAAGAAAGAUGAAGAAUCCUAUGAAAGCAGUAGUUCUGACAGUGAUCUUGAUGAUGUGCGUCAAGAAUUUAAUGAGCUCUCCGUUGACGCCGGUGGUGACGACAUCGGCGACAAAUACGGGCAAGAAGUGCGAAUGCGGAGCCUUCGAAGGGAAGAAGGUGACCGGAAACGCACAGCCAAUUUUGGCGCAGAACCCGCUGAACGUAACCUGCGAUGCCGAUGGCAAGAAGAUGUGCCGCACCAUCUGCACGGAUUUGGCCAAGAUGAGCGUCGAACGAGGACCGGCCGUACUCUGCGCCAAAAUCAACCACGCAGAAGCGAUAAAGCCUUCGCUAUUCACCAGAAUCUGCGAAGGAGAAUGGGAGUACGGCGACUUCGGCGUGGAGGAGCCGAUCUGCUGUCACGAAGGCAAAUCAAUUUCGUGCAAGAAAGAGAAGAAGCCAUGAGAUAUGGUACUUCUGAGGAUCUUCGUAGACGUCGCAUUUUUCCUGCUCCUUUCUACAUUUAUUCUACUAAUCAACACUCUUCUCGACAAGUUCAUUCUUCCGCGACCUCAAGUCCUUCGACUGAAAGUCAUCAAAGUCAGACGCGUUUAACACUUCCCCAGCAUAUGCAGCAAAUCCAGGACAACUUCGACGUCGACCAACAUCCAUCAAGAUUCCACGCACACGGAACGACCGCUUCGAACAACGGACACCGUACUGUUUAUAAUUCCUAUUGUUUCAAAUAAUUCAAUAAAUUUUAAAAUUUGCAAAUUUUAUUUCUGACUAGAUUACUUUAUUUUCGUUGCAAACUUAAUCGCGUAACGUUAUAUAUACUUACGCAACCUAAUGUAAUGCAUAACACAUUGUAAAACAAUAUAUGGUAGUUAUGGAAACUACUCGUGUCAUUGCUGAAAGUUAAUUUAACGCUAAAUUCCCGGCGUAUCCACCAAUAAUAUUUUUUUGGAUGGAACAAAUAAAAAAACUAUUUACACAUAUUUUACAUAUAUAUAUAUAUUUAAAUUAACUCCUUUCCAUUCCUUGCUUCGUCGAAACGUACCCAAUGCGAAGAAACGGAAAUAAAGCAAAGAGAACGAAACAGCAAAAAAAUAUCAUUCAUUCAUUAUUACAAAUAAAAUAAAUAUCAUCAUCAGUGUAAUCGCAAACA